AACCAAGCCAAACAAACAGUGCUACACACCCCUACCCCGUAAGUCAACAGAACUUCAUAGGAGAAUUGCUUUCGUGGGUUGUCAAAGACAAAAAUUACCAGCACAGCAGUUAUGGGAGUUAGAAGUCAGGCUAGUUUAGCCACGUUAAAAUCACUGCUAUAUUCCACACUGCUACAAACUUGCACGAAAAGAUAAAAAUAGCCAGAAGCAAAAACGUUGGAUGUAAUUUCGUCUCUUUCGGCCUUUUAGUCGUCUGAAAGCCUCCAACUCGCGAGCAUAGUUUCGUAGCAACUUAGCUAUGUACAAAUGUUUCUGUAUUUACAUACUUCGUAGUUGUAGGAAUUAAGAUGCUUUGAACAAAGAUAAGAAGCCAUGCAAACCAAAAAAACAAUACAAGCGAAAUAAAUCAAUAUUACUAUUAGUACACUCUGAGGGUGCAAUAUACGCAUGUAGAUAUGGAAGAAAAAUUUUAGUAAUAUUAACACCUUAAUAAAAGCAUUAAUUGCAUGGCACCUUGGAGUUGGAGGAAUCCUUGCACCUCAGGGGCAACCGAUAGCGACGAGUCGCCACAAACAACAUCGCCCGUACGAAAGCGCUCUCAAAGUGGGUUUGCCGGAAACGCGCAUCAGCGUGAAAAUGGCACAGAGUCAACGAACGGUACCAGCACUUACCAGAAGCCAUAUUCAAACCCAAAAACCAAACAUACCACCCCGGUGCUCUUUUCUACAAAUAGCGGACUACAUUUACGUGUCACGAAACCUAAGUUCAAACCUUGUGCACCUACUGGGGUAUGUAUGUGUGGUGGCACAGUCGGACCGAGAUGUAACGCACUCAAUAUAACCGGAUGUAGUUGUGCCAUUGAGAGUGGCAUUGACACACGUUUGCCCGCUUCCUGUAUUUAUGAAAUACAUUUCUGUGAUUUGGAGCGUUGGAGUACGAAUCGCGCUAACACCAUCUGCCUCGAAGAUACUUUUAUAGUGUCAAGACGCAACAAUAGUCUACCCAGCUCCAAUAUGUCGUCCGCUGAUAGAGACAAUACUAUCUUUAAAAGCAGAAACCAGCGCAGCGGAAGCAUUUUUUGCGUGCCCAGCGGCAGUCGGCAUGCACUCGUAAUGCCGCAUAGAAGCCUUUACCAACGCAGCACAAGCAUACAAAGCACAUUUGAACGAUUUGGUGUGCAGUGAAGAGAUAUUGAUAAUGAAAGGGAAUUUAAACCUACUGAACUAAAACCUCGGAGUAAUUCAAAAACAGAAAUAGACAAAUAGUAAAUUUUUGUAAAUAUAUGAGUGACUUUUUUAUGCUUAUCUAAUCCAAUAAAUUGAUUUAAAAAAAAAAAAAUGUAAUCUUGGUGCUUUCUUCGUGCUCAGUUGCUGAUGCUUUGUUGCAUUUGAAAUGGCUCAUGAUGAGCAAGCAGGCAUAUUCGUCCUUAUAUUCGCGUGGAACGUGAUGCUUUCAUAAGAACUCUGCAGAAUUUAUUGCAGUUCGAAUACAUACAUCCUUUUUGUGGUUGUCAUCGUCGACAUCUGUCGGUAUUGGUCUCGUCGUUAUCGGUAACAAAUGAUUGCUGUUGCAUUACAUAAAUAUGUCUGGCCUAACCUAGAGUUAGUUCCUGAACUCGAGCCACUCCAUAACCCCAAACAAAAACCUACGAAUCAUAGGCAUUCUCACUGGAUAUUGCUGGCUAAAACAUCUGCAGAAGUUGGGAAUCUGGUAGAAUGACCUCUGUCGUUUCUGCAAUUCAACUGAGCGCACCAUUGCAUCUGCUCUGUGAAUGUGGUCAAAGAGAGAGCGCAUCCGCUCCGUGCCGACAGUGUAUAAAAUUAUCCUCACCGCUACCUUCCUCCCCUCUGCAUCUUCCAUUGUUUCCAAGAGAGAAAUACAAAACUCAUUGAAACAAUAUUGAGUUCUUUUUUUACUUUUUACAAAUAUUCUUGUUUUAAAACUUUAUUCAUCAUUUUCACACUUUAUUUAUGUAUAUUUUUUUUUUUUGGAUUUUCAUGUGUGUUAAGCUAUUUGCAAAUUGUAUAUAAUUAACACUAAAAAUACUUACUUUAAACAUAUUUGCAGAAUUCACCACCACAUUUCAUUAAUUCGUUUUCCAAAUUUUAUUUUUUUUUUUUUUUUUACUUUAUCUUUUUUUGUAUUUUACUUUUACUUAAGAUUUACUGCAGCGUUUUAAUUUAUCAUUUCAUGCAUACAAAUUGCAAAAAAAAAAAUUCACAUCUUCAUCACGAAAUAUUACCGUGGGCAUACGCCUAAUCACGAUGAUCACGUUCAUCAUCGGCUUCAAUGACAUUUAUUGCAUAAAAGUGUGCAUUCAUUGCCUAUAUCGUCUUUCACACCCUUAAUAUGUACGACGUAUUCAAAAUUUUAAUUUCCAUGCUUUCAAUUUAAGCUUAUGUUUAUGUAUGUAUGUAGUCUAAAUUGCUAAAUUAACUUUUUCAUGUCUCGCUUGUUAUGCAAACUAUUUUAUCUUUUUCUUAUUUUGUCAAGUGAGUAAUUUAAGUUAUGUAUGUAUGUGUAUAUUGUGCUCUAAUUCAAAUUAAUUUGCGGAUUCUUCAAACAUUUAGCGCUAUUUGAUCGUUUUACAUCAAAUGUCAUGUAUGUAUGUAAGUUUUUUUUUUAGUAUUAGCUGACUUUUUCGUUUUUAAUUCAUACUGAUAUUUCAGCAUUAAUUUUUGAUUCGACUUUUAAGUUUUUACAAUGCUUAAAAAAAAAAUCUUAAACAAAGUUAACUCUAAUUUUUGGGAUAUGAAAAAUAAGACUAAACCGCUCUAAGGACACAAAAGUUAGGAAGAAUUGAAACGCGUAGCUAUGAAAAACGAAGAAAAAUAUUGUAAGCACAAUACAAUGCACACAUGUACGUACAUACAUAUAUUUUUUGUACA